UCGGCGCUGGGACGGAACCCGGGUUCCUCUCAAACCCGGAAUGUGAGGCUUCGCCCCGGUUGUCUGCUGCUCCCUGUCCCGCUCUCUACCCGCGCCUGCGUCUGCUGCCGCUUCCCUGCAGCUAGCCCCCUAGGAGCCAGGGCUGCCGUGCCCUUCUACCGUGUGCCCGCGUGGCUGCCACCGCCCCUCCGAAUCCUCCGGGGCCGCAGAGGAGUUCGCUACGGAGGGAGGCGGGGGCCUUCGGGAGGAGGAGGCGGAGGAGGCGGAGGAGGAGGGAAGGAAGAUGGCGGCCGUGGAACUAGAGUGGAUCCCAGAGACUCUGUACAACACCGCCAUCUCCGCUGUCGUGGACAACUACAUCCGCUCCCGCCGAGACAUCCGCUCCUUGCCCGAGAACAUCCAGUUCGAUGUUUACUAUAAGCUUUACCAACAGGGACGCUUAUGUCAACUGGGCAGUGAAUUUUGUGAGUUGGAAGUUUUUGCUAAAGUAUUGAGAGCUUUGGAUAAAAGACAUUUGCUUCAUCAUUGUUUUCAGGCUUUGAUGGAUCAUGGUGUUAAAGUUGCUUCAGUCUUGGCCUACUCAUUUAGUAGACGGUGCUCUUACAUAGCAGAAUCUGAUGCUGCAGUAAAGGAAAAAGCCAUUCAGGUUGGCUUUGUUUUAGGUGGUUUUCUUUCAGAUGCAGGCUGGUACAGUGAUGCUGAGAAAGUUUUUCUGUCUUGCCUUCAAUUGUGUACCUUACAUGAUGAGAUGCUUCACUGGUUUCGUGCAGUAGAAUGUUGUGUGAGGUUGCUUCAUGUACGAAAUGGAAACUGCAAAUAUCAUUUGGGUGAAGAAACAUUCAAGUUGGCUCAGACAUAUAUGGAUAAACUGUCAAAACAUGGCCAGCAAGCAAACAAAGCUGCACUCUAUGGGGAACUGUGUGCACUCCUAUUUGCAAAAAGUCAUUAUGAUGAGGCAUACAAAUGGUGCAUUGAAGCAAUGAAAGAGAUUACAGCAGGCUUACCAGUUAAAGUUGUGGUUGAUGUUUUGAGACAAGCAUCUAAGGCUUGUGUAGUAAAACGUGAAUUUAAGAAGGCAGAACAAUUAAUUAAACAUGCAGUGUAUUUGGCACGGGAUCAUUUUGGAUCCAAACACCCAAAAUAUUCUGAUACACUGCUAGAUUAUGGGUUCUACUUACUCAAUGUAGAUAAUAUCUGUCAGUCUGUUGCAAUUUAUCAGGCAGCCCUUGAUAUUCGACAGUCAGUGUUUGGUGGCAAAAAUAUCCAUGUAGCAACUGCACAUGAAGACUUGGCUUAUUCUUCUUAUGUUCACCAGUAUAGCUCUGGAAAAUUUGACAAUGCGCUAUUUCAUGCAGAAAGAGCUAUUGGUAUCAUUACCCACAUCCUACCUGAAGAUCAUCUUCUUUUGGCUUCUUCAAAGAGGGUGAAAGCACUUAUUUUAGAGGAGAUUGCUAUUGACUGUCAUAAUAAGGAAACUGAACAGAGGCUGCUUCAAGAAGCUCAUGAUUUGCACCUGUCUUCACUUCAACUAGCUAAAAAAGCUUUUGGGGAAUUUAAUGUACAGACUGCAAAACACUAUGGUAACCUUGGAAGACUUUAUCAGUCAAUGAGAAAAUUUAAGGAAGCUGAAGAAAUGCACAUUAAAGCAAUUCAGAUUAAAGAGCAACUUCUUGGUCAAGAAGAUUAUGAAGUAGCCCUUUCAGUGGGACAUCUGGCUUCUUUGUAUAAUUAUGACAUGAAUCAGUAUGAAAAUGCUGAGAAACUUUAUUUGCGAUCUAUAGCAAUUGGGAAGAAACUUUUUGGUGAAGGCUACAGUGGACUAGAAUAUGAUUACCGAGGUCUCAUUAAACUUUACAACUCCAUUGGAAAUUAUGAGAAAGUGUUCGAAUAUCACAAUGUUCUGUCUAACUGGAACCGGUUGCGAGAUCGGCAGUAUUCAGUGACCGAUGCUCUUGAAGACGUUAACACCAGCCCCCAGUCCACUGAAGAAGUGGUGCAGUCCUUCCUGAUUUCUCAGAAUAUUGAGGGACCAAGUUGCUGAGGGAGGACCUCAGUUAACCAAUUAUCUUUUCCCAGAUUCCAGGGAAUUCAUACUGUGAAAUCAAAACCAUGUUGUUUUGGGGGGCUGGAAUUUGCAUUGAAACACUGGUCCAGUCCAUUGAAAGCCCUAUUUUGGGUAAUCCCUAUCUUGCAGAGUGUCCGUAGAAUAAGCAUAUAUUCAGUUAUAUUCAGCAUGUAUCGCAUGUAUAAGUAGUCUGGCCCACAUUCUCAACCUAGUAGAACAAACAACAGAAAACCCCCCUUUUUUUUUUUUCUUUCUUUCUUUUUAAAAAAUAAUUCGUUUUACAGAAAGCCUGAAAGGAAAAAAAAAAAAGAACCCCUAAAUAAAACUAUUUAAGAGUUUAAAAGAGUUGCAUUCUUAUUAUGUAAGGAUGAUCUUAACAACUUUUUAACAUAAAAUUCUUCCAUGUGGAGGUAUUCAAUACUGUACUGUAAAGAAAUUUUAUGGGGAAAAUCUUUAUAUGCAGUAUAGAAAAGUUAACACAAGUACUAAUAAAAGAGGGACAUCCUGACUUUAGAUUUGGCCACCUUUCCCAGAGAAGUGGAUACAACCACUCUAGAACUAUAUUAUAAGAGAAGGACUGUCAGAUUCAUCUGAACUGGACCAGUGUUGAUCUGUAAGUAAUAGAAAAUAUGAUAGACCAGCGGUUUUAACUCAUUUUUUUUGUUUGUUUGUUUGUUUUUGGUACAACAAUGCAAGAUGCUCUAACAGCGUUUGCUAACAGGACCAGGAGGAUCUAAAAAGGACCAUCCUAAUAGAAAAGGUAGUUAUUUGGACCAGAGGCUUUAGAUUAUUAUUUUAGCCCCUGCAUAUACUUUUAUCAAUAGAAUGAUUUCAUUUAGCUCUAUAAGGGAAAAUGAUAAUGCACAAACUACAUUCAUAUAAUAGAUACCGAACUAGGGAAAUUUGGUAAUUUUUAGUGGUACAUCUUUAGUCAAGGUACAUAGAUGGCAAUGCCAUAAGCAAGUCUAUAAUGCCUGCUGCAACUACCACCAUUAUUUAAAAUUUACUCUAAUAAUCAACACAAUAAACAAAUGUUUUGGCUAAGAGUCGUGAAAUAGCUCAUGUCCAGGUGGAAAUUUUAGGUUACUGUGUUAUCUGUGGGGAUAAUGGAAAAUGAAUGCCCAGAAAUAUGUCUUCUAAGAAAUUCCUUUACUUUUAUGGUAUGUAAAACAGCAUCAUUUUAUCUGAAACCCAGUAGUCAAAUGGAAAGAUCCCCUAAUGAUAGUUGUAUUUCACCAAUCUGUCUUUCCAUUUAUUGGGUUCUAAUUUUCUUUUUCAUCUUUUUGUUCUUCUUGUUCUUAUUUUUUAAAUUAAGUCAGUUGGGUUAUUUAAUGUUGAGGUAAUGUUCAAAUUUGAGAAGUUAUGACAUGUAGCAAACCAAGAAACAAAGGUCUUUUGCUAUUACCUCAAUUCUUAUUAUAGUGGCCCAUCUGGUGCCUCUACAGUUAAGAAUCUGGGUUUCUCCCCUAUUUUCAGGGGUUCAUGACUUGGCCAUUAGAGUUGUUAUUCCAAGCUAAUGCUUGGAGUAGUCUGUGCGUGAGUGAGUGUGUAUUGAAUUUUGGUUUUUCUCUUAACAUGCAUGUUGGGUGAGAGUAAAUUCUAAAUUCACAUAGAGUACAGAAAAACUAAUUGGUGAUUUAAUUUUAAAUAUUUUUUUUUAACUUCCCAACUUUAACCUUGUUUGAAACCGCUAUUUGCAUUUUUGUUAGUUAUGAGCCAGUGCAUUUAAAUUAUUCAGAGGUAUACCUGAAGAGAUAAGCAAGCCCAGAUCCCUAAGAUGAUAACUUUGUGAUUUAGAAAUCUGGAUUUUUUUUCCUCAAAUUAUUCUCUUUAAAUUCUGGAAAGAAUAAAUUGGCAUGCCUGCAGUUUAUGAAUCUGGUCCCCCUCCCAGUUAAUUGCAGUCUGAUGCCAAGAGUCACCCUUUAUUAAUUACUAAAUAGUCUGUGUGACCAAGGACUAACAUUUUAAGUUACUCAGCUCUGUCCUCAUGGACCUAUAUAUUUAAUACCUCCAAAGAUAUUUUCAGGAUAGGCUUUGUAUACUUUUAUUGGUUAUUAGAGUCCUAUGGUAUAUUUCUGGUAUAGGAAUGUUGUGGUAAAUUGUUUUUCAAUAAAUAUUUUGAAACUUA